AUGAACCAAGCGACUAAUGAAAAAUCUGAAAAAGAACCAGAACCCGAAAACGUAAAUGAAGAUUCGCUUCCCCAAAAUGAAGGGGCAAAAAGGAAAAAUACAUGCAUGUUAAAUGACGAUUAUAAUAAUAAGAAAAAGGUAAAGGUGAACAAAUCUGUUAACGACAAUGAAGAGUAUGAACAAGAAAGUGAAGAACAAAAUAAAACAAGAGACCUUUUAGACAAUACAAAUAAUAAUCCUUGUUAUUUAAACCAAAUUAAUAAAAAUGAAAACAGCAAUUUGAUGAAAGAGAGUAACUUAAACCAACUUGACCAUGUGAACAAAUGCAAUGAUACAGUGGGAGCUGAUAUCUCAAUAAUUGCUGAAAAUCAUGAAAAUAAAAACGAAAACGAUGAAGAUAACGCUAUCGGUUUUAACGGUGAUAGUAAGGAGCGGAAUCCAAAUGAACCCACUUCAAUAGAUGCACACCAAAAUAGCUAUUCUUCAAAGGAAUACAAUAAAGGACAAAUGGAUACAAGCAGUUACCAUCACGUAGGAGAGACAUGUCAAAGGGAAAGUGAAGGGCUAAGAAUAGAAAAGGAACUUAUAAACAAAUUAACAAACGAAAGAUACAGUGAAAGAUAUUUACAAUUGCUAGAGGAGAAAAAAAAAUUACCAGCAUGGAGUGCUAAGAAAAACUUUUUAAAACUUUUUAAAAAAAAUAAUGUAUUAAUUAUAAUUGGUGAUACAGGUAGUGGAAAAACAACGCAAAUAUCACAAUUCGUGUUAGAAUCUAAAUUUUCUGAAAAAAAAUCUGUAGCUGUAACGCAACCAAGAAGAGUAGCAGCUAUGAGUGUAGCUGCAAGAGUAUCAGAAGAGUUAGAUGUAGAAUUAGGAACAUAUGUAGGAUAUACAAUCAGAUUCGAAGAUAGAUCAAGUGCGAAAACUGUGAUCAAAUAUUUAACAGAUGGUAUGCUACUAAGGGAAUCAAUGUAUGAUCCGUUAUUAAAACGUUAUAACACUAUUAUCCUGGAUGAGGCACAUGAAAGGACUUUAGCCACUGAUAUUCUUUUUGGAGUUAUAAAAAAUAUACAGGAACAAAGAAAUGAUUUAAAAUUAAUAGUCAUGUCUGCUACAUUAGAUGCAGGGAAAUUUCAGAAAUUUUUUAAUGGUUCACAAAUACUUAAUAUACCUGGGAGAUUAUAUCCAGUAGAAAUUUUUUACACACUUCAAGCAGAAAAGGAUUAUAUAAAAGUAGUAAUUAGAACGGUUUAUGAUAUACAUAUAAAUGAGGAUGAUGGUGAUAUCUUAGUGUUCCUAACGGGAGAAGAAGAAAUAGAAAUGACAAAAAAAGAAAUUGAAAAAUUAGUGUCCAAAAAUUCUAGUGCAGGGCAAUUGGUGGUAUUACCUUUAUAUUCAUCAUUACCAUCGUCGCAACAACAAAAAAUUUUCGAGCCAGCACCAAAACCAAGAUUUAAAGGAGAUAAAAUGGGAAGAAAGUGUAUCUUAGCAACUAACAUAGCUGAAACAUCGCUAACAAUUGAAGGAAUUGUUUAUGUUAUCGAUCCUGGAUUUUCAAAACAAAAAGUUUAUAAUCCAAGAGCAAGAGUUGAAUCCUUAUUAAUUGCUCCUAUAUCGAAAGCUUCAGCACAACAAAGGGCCGGAAGAGCAGGAAGAACAAAACCUGGAAAAUGUUUUCGUUUAUAUACAGAAAAAUGUUUUGAACAAACAUUACCUGAACAGACGUAUCCUGAAAUAUUAAGAUCCAAUUUAGGUUCUGUUGUUUUAAAUUUAAAAAAAUUGGGAAUAGAUGAUUUAGUUCAUUUUGAUUUUAUGGAUCCCCCAGCACCUGAAACUUUAAUGAGAGCUUUAGAACAGUUAAAUUAUUUAGGAGCUUUGGAUGACGAAGGAGAAUUAACACAUAAAGGGCAUUGUAUGUCAGAAUUUCCUGUAGAUCCACAACUAGCUAAAGUAUUGAUUGAAUCCCCAAAUUAUUCUUGUUCAAGCGAAAUAUUAACAAUCGCAGCUAUGCUUUCUGCUCCCUACUGUUUUUUACGGCCAAAAGUAAAGGGUAAAGAAGCAGAUGAAAUGAAAACACGAUUUUCACAUUUAGAUGGAGAUCACUUAACACUAAUGAAUGUUUUUCAUACAUACGUAAAAUAUUCCCUAGUAGAUAUAAAUGCAUCUAAAAAGUUUUGUUAUGAUUAUUUUCUAAAUCAUCGAGCUAUGACAUCUGCUCAAAAUGUUAGAAAUCAACUAAUCAGGACAAUGGAAAAAUUGGACCUAAAAAUUGUUUCCAUGAACCCCUCCAAUCCUGAAUAUUAUGUUAAUAUAAGAAAGGCCUUGUUAAGUGGGUUCUACCAACAAGUGGCAUAUAAAACUAGCAAAGGAUACUACAUAACUGUCAAGGAUACACAAAUAGUCACACUACAUCCAUCAACUGUGUUCCAAAUAAAUCCCGAAUGGGUCAUGUAUCAUGAACUGAUAUUGACCACCAAAAAUUUUAUAAGGACAGUUACCAAAAUUGAUGGAAAAUGGCUACUCGAAAUUGCCAAAAGUUACUAUGACUUGGACGACCUUCCUAACAGUGAGGCAAAAAAUGAGCUCAAGAUGAUUCAUAAAAAGUUGUAA